AUGCCUCAGAUACGAUUGAAUCUGCGAGGACCUUGUGCACGAGCUACGGUCCACACAACAUCCUCCUACCGCGUACCGAGUCGCUAUUCUACACCAACCACUGCCCCACCACGACCUCCCUCGAGAGCGCAAUUGCUCAAGUUCCACACGUCAUUCCUGAGAAUGGCCACACAAGGCACGUCUGGCGCCGGCGACGGGCUGAAGCUCACCAACCGCCUCCAUGAGAGCCGUUCACCGUAUGUGCGCGGGCACAUGAACAACCCAGUGGCGUGGCAGCAGUGGGGACCGGAGGCGCUGGAACUGGCCAAGAAGUCGAACCGCCUCAUCUUCAUCAGCAUAGGCUACGCCGCCUGCCAUUGGUGCCACGUCAUGGAGCGCGAGUCGUUCGAGAACCACGAGGUUGCCCAGCUGCUCAACGACAACUUCAUCCCCAUCAAGAUCGACCGCGAAGAGCGCCCAGACGUCGACCGCAUAUACAUGAACUACGUUCAGGCCACGACUGGGAGUGGAGGAUGGCCCCUGAACGCGUUCAUUACCCCAGAUCUGCAGCCCAUCUUUGGCGGGACCUACUGGCCAGGCCCCGGGUCGACCAUGAGCGGCGACCACAUUGGCUUUGUUGGUAUCUUGGAGAAGAUCAGAGACGUGUGGCAGAGCCAGCGCCAGCGCUGCCUUGACUCCGCAAAAGAGAUCACCACACAGCUGAGGGAGUUUACCGAGGAUGGAAACAUCAGCCGGAAAGACGGCGCGGACCACGAUGCACUUGACCUCGACCUGCUGGAAGAAGCAUACCAGUACUUCCAGAACAGAUACGACACCAACUACGCUGGCUUUGGCGGCGCGCCAAAGUUCCCCACGCCCUCGAACCUUGCUUUCCUUCUCAAGCUGUCGCAGUACCCACGCGCAGUCGCUGACGUUGUUGGAGCAAAGGAAUGCACACAGGCCAAGGAUAUGGUUUUGGCUACACUAGAUGCCAUGAACAAGGGCGGCAUUCACGACCAAAUAGGCAACGGCUUUGCGCGUUAUUCGGUCACCAAGGACUGGAGCUUGCCGCACUUUGAAAAGAUGCUGUACGACCAGUCGCAGCUGCUGCCUGUCUAUCUCGACGCGUACCUCGCGACAAAGAGCCCGGAUCAUCUCGACGCUGUUCACGACAUUGCGACAUAUCUCACAUCCCCACCCCUGCAAUCGCAGUCUGGAGGCUUUUUCUCUUCCGAAGACGCUGACUCGCUGUAUCGAUCGUCGGACAAGGAAAAGCGUGAGGGUGCUUUCUACGUGUGGACACUCAACGAGUUCCAGGAUGUCCUAGGCGAGCGUAACGCUGAGAUCCUGGCGCGGUAUUAUAACGUCAGGGAUGAGGGCAACGUCGCACCUGAGCACGAUGCACACGAUGAGCUCAUCAACCAGAAUGUGCUUGACAUCGCCAUGACCCCAGUAGAGUUGGCGAAGCAAUUCGCCCUGUCCGAAGAGGAGGUUGCACAGAUACUGUCGGAAGGCCGGCAGAAGCUGCGUGACCAUCGUGAAAAAGAACGUCCACGGCCAGCCUUAGAUGACAAGAUUGUAGUAUCUUGGAACGGCCUUGCAAUCGGCGCCCUAGCACGCACAUCGGCCGCACUCGCAUCACAAGACGCCUCACGGUCGCAAAAAUACCUCGCUGCUGCCGAGCAAGCAGCCUCCUUCAUCAGCCGUGAGCUUUACAAUGCCUCUUCCAAAACCCUCACACGCGUCUACCGCGAAGGUCCUGGCGAUGCACCCGGUUUUGCGGAUGACUACGCCUACCUGAUUUCCGGUCUCAUCUCCCUCUACGAAGCGACAUUCAACGAGACAUACCUGCAAUGGGCCGACGACCUACAACAAACGCAGAUUAAGCUGUUCUGGGAUAAGGAGCACCUCGGCUUCUUCUCGACAUCUGAGAACCAGCAAGAUCUGCUCAUGCGGCUGAAGGACGGCAUGGACAACGCUGAGCCUGGCACGAAUGGCGUGAGUGCGCAGAAUUUGGACAGACUAGGCGCAUUGCUAGAAGAUGAGAGCUACGUCAAGUUCGCUAGAGACACAACAAGUGCAUUUGAAGCAGAGAUCAUGCAACAUCCCUUCUUAUUUCCGAGUCUCAUGGACGCCGUUGUUGCGGGAAAGAUGGGUGUCAGACAUGUUGUCAUCACAGGGGAGGGUCACAGGGUCGAGGAGUGGUUACGGAGAUACCGUGAGCGACCGGCUGGCUUGGGGACGAUCAGUAGGGUGCGUGCGCAAGGUUCAGAGUGGUUGAAGCAGAGGAACGAGCUGGUCAGAAGUAUGGACACGAGUAAGGAGGGUGUCAUGCUUUGCGAAAACGGCAGCUGUAGGGACGAGCUGGGCAUGGACAUGGGCGGUGUCGAGGAGGCUGUAUCCGAGAUGAGGUAG